AUGGCUGCUCCUGCUCCCACUGCCCGUGAAUGGGUCGUGGUAAAAACGACGCUCCCCAAACAGCCGUUCCCAUCUCUCAAGGAACGUCCCGAGGUGAGGAGUGCUCGUUUGGUAAUCCGGCCGUUCGAAACAGCCGACAUCGUAGGGUUGAACGAAUUGCGAUCACAGCCCGAGGUCAUGCAAUGGACCAUGCAGGGCGUCCCCGACGCAGACAUUGCGGCCACUGAGAAGAUUCUUGCUCUCAAGAUGCCCCCGCACGACAUCUCCAACUUUGACUGCGCCAUCUGCGUUGCGGAGACUGGCCAAUUCAUCGGCGCGGGAGGCUCUUUCAUGAGGAAGGGUGAGCUCGGGUGGCCAGUCUUUGGCUACAUGUUCCGAAAGGAGGCCUGGGGUAAGGGAUAUGCGACGGAAUUUGUGAAAGCAUUUCUCGACAUGUGGUGGGCUUUGCCAAGGGAAGAAGUAGAGGUCGAGGUCGAGAAGAGCACCGUUCCAGAGGCAAGGGAGACAAACGAUAUGAGGGCAGAGGAGCGUCUGAUUGCAGUGACAGUCACGACUAAUCAGGGUAGCCAAAGGGUGUUGGACAAGGUCGGCAUGCCCCUGGUUAAGAUCUGGGAGGAACAGGAUAUACACGAUCCGACAGCGAUGGAGACCUUGUAUGGGUAUGCAGCAAAGCGGCCUCUACAGUGA